ACGUAUAGCGUGAGGAUAAAUUACAGCCAAAUAUUAUUAUUUUGCUUAUACAGUAUGUGCAGUAUUGUGUAAAAUUCAUAGUCGGUUUAGAUGAAAGAAGUUGAUGCCUUUAUUGUGAAGAGUUGAGGAAGUGUUGUCGAGAUGCCUGCUGGUAGAACACAGGCCGCAGUGAUUUGGUAGCCGCUGCAGUAGGAAGAAGGAUCGCGGUUGUACUCCUUCUAUAUUUCAGUUUCGUCUUGAAAUUCCCUCGGUGGUUCUUUUUCGUAGCGAUCAUUAAACUGAGCGUACAGCAACGGUGUUCUAUGAUAACCGAGCCGUAGUAUUGCCAACGGACAGUGAUUUCAAUCGCCAUUUUAAUCGCACGUUUCCUCUGACAGAAGCGCUAGCACAACAAUGGCUCUGAAAAGAAUUCACAAGGAGUUGAACGACUUGGCACGGGACCCACCAGCCCAGUGUUCUGCGGGACCAGUAGGAGAUGACAUGUUUCACUGGCAAGCCACAAUAAUGGGACCUAAUGACAGUCCUUACCAGAGCGGGGUUUUCUUCUUGACCAUACACUUCCCCACAGACUACCCCUUCAAACCGCCAAAGGUUGCAUUUACCACAAGAAUCUACCACCCAAAUAUCAACAGCAACGGCAGCAUUUGUCUUGACAUUCUGCGAUCACAGUGGUCUCCGGCUCUCACCAUUUCCAAAGUCCUCCUGUCCAUCUGCUCUCUGCUGUGCGACCCAAACCCGGAUGAUCCCUUAGUACCCGAGAUCGCCCGCAUCUACAAGAUGGACAGGGAAAAGUACAACAAAAUAGCUCGGGAAUGGACACAAAAGUAUGCAAUGUAGUGUUGGAGUAAAAUCAUGGCCAACCACCUCUAUGAUGUAAGGUUAGGGGGAUUUCAGAUGUAAAGAGAAAACAAAAAAACAUACAAACAAAAGAAAUGUUUAAAACAAGAUCUCAUUGGUUUCCAUUGGAGUGCUUUUGUUGAGCCAUGCCUCCCCUUCACCAGAGUCCCUGUAAAUCUCCCUUUGUCCCAUAUUCUCUCUCUCUCUCUCUCUCUCUCUCUCACCCCUCUUCCCUCACACCUCUCAGCUCACCUGCCCACCCACCAGUGUACAUAUUGUCAGCUUGCAGUGCUAAGACCCAUCUAACCUCCAACCCCCAUCUCCUGACUUCUGUAGUCCAUUAUGUACUGUCACCAUGCAGGUUGGGCUGUCAUGCCCCCCAACUCCUCCUCUUUUGUACACACCUGCUUAGCCACCUUCCCUAGACGUUAAUCACUAACAGCAUUCCUUUGAGCAUCAUGUAAAAGUUGGAGGGGACUUUUUUCCUUUAUGUCCUGUUUUGUUUUUGGGGGGGGAGGGGGACAAUAAAAUGGAGGAAUUUUUACACUCUGUACUCUUUCUUGUUUUGUUGUCUUUAUAAGUCCCAUGUUUAUAGGUGACAAUUCAGGAAAGCAGUUUUCACACGUGAGUCAAAGGGCACUCUGUAUUUUAUACAAUAAAUACUUAAAAGAAAUCCUUGCAGGCCAUGGAAAAUGGAAACAUUGUACAUGGCCUAUCUUGGUCUUCUGUUGGAUUAUAUGAAAGGACUUGAAUUUACCCCCACACCUCCUGCUCCUCACUUCCUUCUCCCUAACCACCUUAUCCCAUUUGACCCCUUUGUACACACGCACAGCUGUAACCCCAUGUCAUCCCCACCACUACCACCGCCAAUUCUUUAUUCACAGAAUGGAGGUUCUGGACCAGGUAUUUAAGCAAUUUAUUUUUCUUAGUUUAACCUGUGUUUUUAUUCCCCACCCCAUAACUCUUUAGAUAGCCCCUUUUCUUUUUUUUUUUUUUCUUUUUUUUUUUUUCUUUUUUGCUAUUGUUAAAUUAGAAGCUAACAUCUUAAAUGACUAUGGAACUGGCUUGGGCUCUGGGUGCGAGGAGAACCCACUCUUCUUGCACAAAACCUCUGUAUAUUGAAUUACCUGAGAGGCUCGUUGAGCU